GUGGGAGAAUCAAAGCCUGAGAUAUGCUGUGAUGCGCUGAUGUUACAGCUAAAAAUAGCAUUUCCUGAUUCAACAUGCUAAAAAAUAAGGAUCACUCAUCCAGAAGAGAUAAUCUCGCAAUAACUGCAGUUGCUUUACAAGAUCAUAUUUUACAUGAUCUUCAGCUUCAGAAACUUUCAGUAGCAGAUCAUUUUAAGGCAAAGGAACAAAAGAAAGAGAACAGGCCUAAAUGUCUAAAAAGAGAUGUAAAAGCAAUAGUAGAUACUGGACUUAAAAAAACUACACAGAGUCCCAAUGUGGAAGAUCCAGAAAAAGAGUAUGUUCUUGAUCCAAAGCCUCCACCAUUAACUUUAGCCCAGAAGUUGGGCCUCUUUGAACCUCCUCCAUUGCCACUAUCCGCAGACGAGUGGGAAAAAGUGAAACAGCGAUCCAUCACGCAAGGGGAUUCUCUGCAGCCGUGCCCAAUCUGUAAAGAAGAGUUUGAGCUUCAUCCUCAGGUGCUGCUUUCAUGUUCCCAUGUCUUUCACAGAGCAUGCCUUCAGGCUUUUGAAAAGUUCACAAGCAAAAAAACCUGCCCUCUCUGUAGAAAGAACCAGUAUCAAACCCGCGUGAUUCAUGAUGGAGCACGGCUAUUCAAAGUCAAGUGUGCAACGAGAAUCCAAGCCUAUUGGAGAGGACAUAUUGUUAGGAAGUGGUACCGGAACCUGAGGAAAACCGUGCCACCCAAAGAUGCCAAACUGAGGAAAAAGUUCUUUGAAGAAAAGUUCACAGAAAUCAGUCACCGAAUAUUAUGUUCAUAUGACACAAACAUAGACGAGCUCUUUUCAGAAAUUGAUCACUGCUUAGCUAUUAAUAGACGCGUUCUCCAGCAGCUGGAAGAAAAAUGUGGCCAUGGAAUCACAGAAAAGGAUUGGGAUAAAAUUCAAAUUCGGGCACUGCAUCAGGAGAUCUACGAAUGCUCCAUCUGCCUCACCCCACUCUCGGUGUACAAUCAUUUGCAGAGUGCCUCUCCCGAGGAAAGCCACAACCAGCGUUCUCGUGAGACUGUGCUCCUGUCUUGCUCCCAUAUGUUCCACCACACUUGUCUUCUUGCUCUAGAAGAAUUUUCCUUGGGAGAAGUGUAUACCUGUCCUCUCUGCCGCUCUUGCUAUCAGAAAAAAAUUCUCGAAUGCUGAAUUUAUAUUUAGGAAAAUUCUGGGGACGAAAAUGUUGUCUUAAUUUUGGAAGAAUAACACACGUUCUGGAUUAAGUACUAUAGGCUAAUUGAUUGUCGAA